CGGCACCUGGGGCCGCGAGGCCAAAACCUGGGCCCUACGGGGAGGGCGGGUUUGCGCCUGCGCGCGGGACUUUCCGAACCGGGGACUUCGGGCCAGAACAACUCACAAAGGAGUCUGCUUAGGUGUGGAGGGGUGGUGACCUGUAUCAGUGGAAACGCCUCUGAGAGAUGCGCAUCCUGAAGCCUUGACGGUGUCCAUGAAGCAUGUGGGAGAACGGACAUCUCCCAUUCCUCUGGCUUCUGUAUCAUCCUCCUUCCUGAGCUCCUUUAGCAGGACUUCGUGUGACGUCACGUUUUGUUGUUUUGGCUGAUUGUUUCAGGGUAAUCAAGCAAAAGAAAAAAUGAACACCAUCUGUGGCCUACAGUCUGCUAGUAGAAACUGUGUUUUCUUUAGGUUAACAUCACUGACUGAUUGGAAAAACUCUUUCAGAGCAUAUUGGUCUUUUCCUUCAAAGAAUCAUCAUCAGGUACUGGUGAAUUGUAUGGGGGACAAAUGCCAAGGAAAAAGCCUGAGGAAGAACUGUGUAUCGAGAGGAAGUUCUCUCUUUGCUAGGACCUAUAAUAACAGCCAGAGAUGGCUUUUAAGUGGCUGGAGCAGAGAAACUUGGAAGAGGAUGAGCAGCUGCUCUGGGUGGCCCUACUUCUCUUGGAGGCAGGGCUCCACAGAGAGAGGCACUGUCCUGGCUCUCUCAGGAUUUGAACCUGGGAAGUUGUUUCCUGUGAAAGGGAUGAACGAUGUCAACAGCUUCCACACGUCAUCGAGGCUUCGGGCUGCACCUGUUCCUCUUCUCUGGAUCAUUCUUAAGCCAAUACAGAAACUUCUUGCAAUCAUUAUUGGCAGGGGCAUAAGAAAAUGGUGGCAGACCCUUCCUCCCAACAAGAAAGAGCUUUUUAAAGAAAGUGUAAAGAAGAAUAAAGGGAAGUUAUUCCUGGGCUUAAGUAGUUUGGGAGUAUUAUUUAUUGUCUUUUAUUUUACUCACCUGGAAGAGAGUCCUGUCACAGGACGGAAAAAGUUACUAGUGUUGGGGAAAGAACAAUUCAUGAUGUUAUCACAAAUGGAGUAUGAUACAUGGAUGGAAGAAUUUAAAAAUGACCUGCUGACUGAGAAAGAUCCCAGGUACCUGGCGGUGAAGAAAGUUUUACAGCAUCUGGUAGAGAGCAACAAAGACAUCCCGGGCAUCUCAGAGUUCAAAUGGAUUAUUCAUGUAGUAGAUAAGCCCAGCAUAAAUGCCUUUGUUCUUCCUAACGGGCAGGUGUUUGUUUUUACUGGGCUUCUUGAGGCGGUCACUGAUAUUCACCAGUUGACUUUCCUUUUGGGCCAUGAGAUCGCUCACGCGGUGCUUGGACAUGCUGCAGAGAAGGCCAGCCUGGUUCACUUGUGGGACUUCCUGGGCCUGAUUAUCCUCGCGAUGAUUUGGGCCGUCUGUCCUCGAGAUAGUUUGGCGGUUUUGGCUCAGUGGAUCCAGUCUAAACUGAAGGAGUAUGUGUUUGAUAGACCCUAUAGUCGCACCCUGGAGGUGGAAGCUGACAAAGUCGGGCUGCAGUUUGCCGCAAAGGCUUGUGUGGAUGUCAGAGCGAGCGCAGUGUUUUGGCAACAGUUGGAGUUUGCAGAUAAGAUUUUGGGGGACCCUAAGUUACCAGAAUGGCUGUCAACACAUCCCUCUCAUGAGAACCGAGCUGAGCACUUGGACCGACUUAUACCUCAGGCCAUUAAAAUCAGAGAGAGUUGUAACUGCCCACCGCUUUCUGGACCAGAUCCUCGGACGCUUUUCAGGCUUAGGGUGAAGCAUCUUAUGGAAGUGACAGAGGAAGAAGACCAGAAUACCACUGGAGCGUUAGUUAAAAAGCAUAAAUUGGACUCUCUUCCAAUUCAGAAAAAAGAGACAAUUCCAUUAACAUUUAUGGUUGACAAAAGAACUGGCAGUUGAUAAAAGUUUUAUGUGAGAGCCUGUAUGAAGAACAUAGCAAUAUUUGUUUUCAUAUAUCAUUAUUUUAAAAAAAUCAGUAUAAAAUGCAAAAAAAAAAAAAGACUCUACUAGUUUAAAUCAUGUGGACUCCUAGCAUUAUUAAAAAUCCUUUAAUAGAUAUUGAAACUUUUGUUCCUGAAUCUUAAAAAUAUUUGAUUCUAUUUUUAAUACCUUCAAUAAAGAAAACAUAUCUAAAGAUA